CUGUAGUGGUUUCUGCUGCCCGGGAUGUGGCCUCUGGCCUCCUUGAGCUUUGCGAUGAUGCCAACCUUGUGGAGAAUGAAUAUUUCUUUGACCGGAGCUCACAGGCGUUCCACUACAUUCUGAAUUACUACCAGACAGGGAGGUUGCAUGUGAUGGAACAGCUUUGUGCACUGUCCUUCCUGCAAGAGAUCCAGUACUGGGGUCUGGAUGAGCUCAGCAUUGAUUCCUGCUGCAGAGACCGGUGAGUUUGGGAAGAUGCAGUGCACAGGAUUGUGGGCUGGGUUAGCUCAGCUCAGGGAUGCUCAGGUGAGAGAUCAAGCAGUGGGGGCAGGUGAGGUAGCAGAGCAUUGGGAAAAGCAUGCUCAAAGCUGGAUGAGUUCAGCCCUGAAUCCUGCACUAGAGGUGGAUCAGUGUAAAAAAUGGGAGAUGUGUUGUGUGAGGUCACUGUUGAACCUUGCUGAGGGACAGGUUGGCUGUGGGUCAAGAUAGUGAGACCCUAAUAGGAGCAGGGUCUGGUUGUCCUGCACUGGCUUCAGACUGACCCUGGACGAUGUCAGAGAUGAAAAAGAUUAUGAGAGAUGUCCCUUUGGUCAUCCAGUUUGGGAUUAUCAUAGUUAGAGGGAUUGGGUGUGGAGUCAGGCAUGGUGCCAGGGGUGUUUGGAGCCUCCCCACCCUGCACUUUCCAUUCUGGAGGACUUCCACAUCCAAGCUGGAGAGGCAGAAGUGGGGGUGGUCACCUGCCAGGCUGAGUGUGGGUGGCAUUGCUCCAGAAGAAGCCGUGAUGGGAAGCAUCGCACAUGGAUGUAGCAGCUUACAGGGAGGGGGCAGCAACAGCAGGAACAUGGCUCACUGGAGACAAAUUGUAACAGGCAGCUCAGGAACAAGGUACUUCAGGAGGAAGGAGCUGAGUGAAGCCUUAGACAUCAAAAAAGAUGCAGAAGAACUGGAUGCCCAAGAUGAAGAAGAGGAUUUUUCCGGUAGCCUCUGUCCCAGUGUCCGGCAGAAACUUUGGGAAGUUUUGGAAAAGCCUGGUUCCUCUGCAGCAGCCAGGACUUUUGGCACUCUCUCCAUGGCUUUUGUUGUUGUGUCCAUUGCCAACAUGGCUUUGAUUUCAGUAGAGUUGAGCUGGCUGGCACCACCGCUACUGGAUGCCCUUGAGUACCUGUGCAUUGCGUGGUUCACAGUGGAGUUUCUUCUGAGGUUCCUGUGUGCACGGGAUCGGUGUCGCUUCCUAAGGAGUGUGGCAAACAUCAUAGACCUCCUUGCUAUUUUACCUUUCUACAUCACCCUGCUGGUGGAGAGUCUGUGUGACGGGGAGAGCUCCCAAGAACUGGAGAACGUGGGACGCAUCGUCCAAGUGCUGAGGCUGCUCAGAGCCCUACGGAUGUUGAAGCUGGGAAGACACUCAACAGGCUUGCGGUCUCUUGGGAUGACUAUCGCACAGUGCUAUGAGGAGGUCGGCCUUCUGCUGCUUUUUCUCUCUGUAGGAAUCUCUAUAUUUUCCACUGUGGAGUACUUUGUGGAGCAAGGUGUGCCAGGCACAACUUUCACAAGCGUACCUGGUGCUUGGUGGUGGGCAACAACUUCCAUGACAACUGUUGGUUAUGGUGACAUCAGACCAGACACUACCAUUGGUAAGGUAGUGGCCUUUAUGUGUAUCCUAUCAGGAAUACUGGUUUUGGCUUUGCCAAUAGCUAUAAUAAAUGACCGUUUUUCUGCUUGCUACUUUACACUGAAGAUAAAAGAAGCUGCUCUUCGGCAGCGUGAAGCUUUAAAGAAACUCACAAAGAACUCGUCCAGCGAUUCAAAUAUCAAUGUUAAUUUGCGAGACAUAUAUGCACGCAGUGUGAUGGACAUGUUACGGUUAAAAAGCAGAGAGAGAGCAAGUACAAGGAGCAGUGGAGCAGAUGAGUUUUGGUUUUGACUUUUUAGGUUAUUUAGCCUUGUAUAGCAAAUAGACUACUUCAAACAUAUAGUAUUAAGCAUCUCUUUUUUUAUUACUUGCCAUAUAGUGUAUUUGCUUUUCCAGCUGGAGUUUUACUUACUUGGGCAGACUGAGAUAACUAUUGUAUACAAAAGGCAGAAUACACACUAUGAAGCCUCUCAAGGAGCUCAAGGAUCAUGGUGAGAUGGGAAAUAAUGGGUCCAUCGAAGUAAAACAAUGAUGCAAACUCUUGUCUAUGAAUCUUAUGUCCUUGAUAGUGUAUAAUAAUAAAAUCUUAGUGAAAAUUG